AUGGUCAAGGUCACCGUCAGAGAUGUAUUUCUCUUCGUUCCUAACUUGAUUGGAUACUUUCGGGUGUUGACAGCAACCCUUUCAUUUAUCACCAUGUGGCAAUUUCCUACUUGGACUCUUGUGUUAUAUGGCAUAUCUGGUUUCCUAGAUGCUUUCGACGGCUAUGCGGCGAGAAAGUUCAACCAAGGGACAAGCUUUGGAGCAGUUUUAGACAUGGUCACAGACAGGUGCGCUACAACAUCUCUUAUUUGCUACUUAUGCGUUAUUUAUCCCAACUUUUGCCUUCUUUGGCAAAUGCUUGUUUCAUUAGACCUUGCUUCACAUUAUAUGCAUAUGUAUGCUAUGUUGUCCUCAGGAUCCACGUCCCACAAGAAUGUUGAUGAAAAGCAGUCGAAGCUAUUAUCGUUAUACUACAAUAACCGGAAGGUUCUUUUCUUGGUUUGCUUGGUUAACGAGCUAUUCUAUGUCGCAUUAUAUUUACACUAUUAUGAGUUCUUCUGGUUGGGAACGAUCCUAGCGUAUCUCAGCGCGCCCGUUUGGCUCUUUAAGCAGAUUGCCAACGUCAUACAGAUGAGGAACGCCGCAUUAAUCCUUGCUACGAAGGACGCGAAGGAUAAAUCUGACUAA